AUGAUCUCUCAACAUGGUGAUGGCUCCUGUAUUUGGUCAUCCGCAGGCCUUGUCAAAUGGACCUGCUGCGCCAAGUCCACGAACAUGUUGAUGCCGAGGAACUUGGUGUGCACAACCGGGCCAAUCACAGAAGAGGAGGUGCUUUCGCUUUUGGAGCUCGAAGCAGAGCCAACCAAUUCUGAUGCUGCAGGCGCAGGAUGGAUUCCCAUUGGAUCGCCCGAGCUCAGUGUGGAGUACUGGCGCGACAUGCCAGGUGCCGAACCGUCCGGCAUGUUCUUCCUGAGACAUUUUCUGGUUCUUCCUGGUAUUUCACCAGCGAUCGCCAGCAAGUUCUUGCACGACGAGUCUUCAAGGAAGAAGUGGGACCCCUUAAUGGAGACGCUGGAAGAUCCGGCGGACGAGAGGGUCUGUGGCCAGUGUAACGACAUUGUCUACUUCCGGACAGACGCGCAGUUUGGAGCACUGCCUUCUUGCUGCAUGUUGCAUCGCCGACGGAAAAUGAGCCCUUGUGGCACCGCUCACUCAGCAUGGAUAUCGCGAGAUGCACCUGCGACAGAGGAGUACGGCUGCAGGACGGAAGGCGUUCGCCAAUGGGCAGAGAGGUUGCAACACUUCCGCCUACGGAGAGCCGUAGUGGGGCAUGUCGUUCGAAGUCACGAGGAUGGAUGCCGUAUCUUCACCUAUGUUCAGAUGGAGGCAACCUUUAUGCUGAUGUCACUGGGGCCACAAAUAGCUCCAAAGCUUUUUCGAGGAAUGUGCGGCGACUUCUCCCAAGCCUGCCGUGCAGAAUUGCAAAAGGAGCCGCCGGACAUUGAUGGUGAAGUCGCGGACAACGCGGGUCGAUCGGACACUGUCCAUUUUCCUCAAUUCUUUGACAUGUCAGCGGGUGACGAGACAGGCUCCACGGCAUCCGAAGCCGGAGGCUCCGAGGCCUCGUCCCACUCGGCUGGCUUGGACUUCUUGGGCAUUGUGGAGAACAAGAAGCUUGUCCCAGCUGUCUCGGCAUUUAGACGCCUUCUCAGGAAGUCAGAAAAGGGCGCGACGAGGAGGGCUAAGGCUGAGCCGCACGAAAGUCACAAAGGAGAGCCGCAUGCCGGAGGGCGGAGCGUGGAACCGGAAGGCGGCAGGCGACGGCGCUCCAGUAUGCUCCGAGAAAAGAAUCGGGAACGCCAGAGAGGCUCCAUGGAAGCUGUGGCAGAACGCCUCGGAGAAGCCGUUCGACUAAGGAGCCAGCACGUCCGGGACUCGGUGCUGGAGGUCGUCCUGGAAGAGGAGGACGAUGGAAAGGUGGCCAAGCUCGUCUCGAGUGAGGCCGAGAAGCAGGCGUCGGCAAGUGCCAGCAAGCCUUCGGCAAACGUUGCCUCCUUCGGCUCCGAGGACCCGAACACGCAGAGUGCACAGGGCCAAGAAACGGACAGCAUGUCUUCGGCUUCAGCCGCUGGUGGAGUCCAUGAAGAGGAUACCAACCGUCGCCGGGAAUCACAGGCCCUGGACUCAUUCUUCGACAGGGCACGUGUGGUUCGUCCCGAAGGUUCCUCAGCGGUUUCCACAACCACAGCGUCCUCUCGUGCCUCUAGCCCUUGCAUGGGUACGCCAUCCGCUUCCUCGCCUGCAGGUGCGGGUGCAGGUCCGGACACUGACUGCACCAAGGUGGCAAAGCCUACCUUGGCAGGUGCAGCAUGGGUCUUGACCCAACUCUGCAAGGAAACCACACAAGAGCCGGACCUCUCGGCCCUCUUACCACUUCCGACAACGGCAACGGAAGAGCCCUCGACGCGCGAGAAAGCCACCGACCAGGUGGCCACGAGAACGCUCAGAGGAUCGUUAAUGUCUGCAGAGGCCUUCAAGUUCUGCUUCCCUCAGGACAUUUGUGGAGUCCCGCUGGACUCAAAAGCGGCUCCCAAGGAUCCUGGCUGGAAGCGAUCUUCCAAUCGAAAUCGCCGAAGGGCCACGGCUGUUUGA